AUGCAGUUGCCGGCGCUUUCGCUAUUCCUUAACCAGCUUUGGCCGACUCGGCUUGCGUUGACCUUCGUCUCGAUUGACCCGGCGAUCGGAAAACAUGCGGCCCCAUUGACGCCGGAUCGGUCCGACCACAUGCGACCGCUUCGAGUCGUCCUGUCGAGACAACAGGAAAUCGUCUUCUCCUCCCUCCUCCUCCUCCUUUUCUUUCGAGACGUGGAUGGCCAAGCAAAUAACAACCACGCCCUCUUCACCGGCGACUCCCAUUCGCUGGCCCACUUCUGCAGGUCCGGCUGGACCGGCCAACUCAUCACCGACUUGGAGACGGCUCUCGAGGCGCCAACGUCAACUGUCGCCGCAGAGACAACUGCAAUGCCAACGGCGACGUUGCUCGGCGCCAAAACGUCGCUCCUGUCGGAGCGGGCGCCCGUUUGCCUCGAUCUCCUCCCCGAGUCUGUGCGUAGACCAGUGUCCAUGGCGACGAAGCCCACUUUGGACGGACUCGAUGCUGUCGUCUCUCCUCUCGGCGGCCACUCGAUGCCGACAUCGCCCGGCGCCGGCGCCUCCUCUUCCUCAUCUUCUUCCUCCUCCUUCUCCUCCGCACACUCUUCCUCCUCUUUUCACUCCUCCUCUUCCUCCUCCUCCUCCUCAGCAUCAGCAUCAGCAUCAUCAUCAUCAUCAUCAUCAUUAUCAUCUUCGUGCUCGGCGACGGCCGUUUUCAGUACGGCCUCGAGCUCAACUACGGCCGGCCAAGUCGGCGUCCUCUCGACGUCGCCGAGCCCCGGUCUCUUCCCGCCCGGCCUCGGCUCCCUCGCCAACCAUCCGCUCCUCUUCGCCGCCGCCGCCGGCUUCCCGACGGCCAGCUCGUUGGCAGCCGCUCUCAUGUCGGGCGUCGCCUUCAAACACCCCUACCACAACCAACCUACAACCCAACAACAACAGCCACCUUCGCUUGGCCAAUCCUCGGCCAUGCCGAGUCCCGUCCAUCCGCUCGUCUAUUCGGCGUCGGGUGAGUCGCGCAGCCUGCGUCACCGGCUCUCGAGCCAAUCGGCUGCGACGCUGACGGCCGGGCCUCGAGCCUCGACCCUUCAGGCGUCCGACUGCUGCGUCGAGCGCCGACUGGACGCCGACUUGCCGGCCGCCAGUUCGUCGCGCAGUUUUGCCCACUCCCUCCUGCCCACAAUCUUGUCGCCCACUCGGCCAUUCUUCCUCCCCUGA